CUUAGUUUCUGUUUUUUUAGUUGGAUGCUAAAUUUUGUUAUUAUGUGUGUUUUAUACUUUUGCCUUUUUCUGUUGCAAGAAUUAAGGGUUUUUAAAGUUGUUUCCCCACUUGGAGUUUAAUCAUCAUUAGCUUGAAACACAAUUUUGGAAACUUUAUCCGGGAAUUAAUCAAAUCGAUUCGGAACUUAUACAAAUAAUGAGGAUUAUAGUGAAGAAGUGUUCAUUAAGUCUUAUCUUCUGAGGCUAUGUUUUUUUGGGGAGGGGCACUUAUAUUAGUUUUCAAGGUGAAGCAUCGGAAUAAAUUAUUGUUUGAAAGAAAGCGGAUACACCAGACAGAGGAACACCACAUGUUAGAAGAUUCAGUUAGGUGAAGAAUAGUCGCAGAAACAAUGAAUACUGAAGCACAUGCAGUAGAUGAAGAUGAUAGAGAAAAGGAAAAUAACUUAUUGGAGGUCGUUAGUGCAGAAAGGAAAUUGUGGGCUUUGAUCCAUUCAAAAGGUUUAUUACGCAUAGAUGUUCAAGAGUUAUAUCACAAAGCUCGGUCUGGUUAUGAGGACAUGAUCAUAAAUGAUCGCGAAGGAAUGGAACUUCAAGAUGUUGAAUAUUGUUUAUGGAAGCUUCACUACAAGCAUAUUGAUGAGUUUCGGAAAAGAAUACGACAUUCAUCUGGUAGUGCAGAAAACAAGAAAAUUGGAACGUCACAGAAUGUUGCUAGUCUGCAGAACAACAUUGAAGACCAUGUCGAAGGUUUCAAAACAUUUCUGUCAGAUGCAAGUCUAUUUUACAAGGAUAUGAUAAGAAAAAUGAGAGAAAGUUGUGGGCUUUCCGAAGAACUGCUACUUUCUAGCAAGGAUUACAGCUCCUUCUCAGUUGUACCUGCAAAUUUACUUAAAUGUCAAUAUGCAUGCCAUCGAUUUUUAGUUUGUCUAGGGGAUCUUGCUAGAUACAAGGAACUUUGUCAAAAAUCUGAAAAUCGAAACUGUAAGUGGUCUGUCGCUGCUAACUACUACUUUGAAGCAGCAACGGUUUACCCAGAUAGUGGAAAUCCUCAUAAUCAGUUGGCAUUAUUGGCAACAUACGUUGCUGAUGAAUUUCUUGCCUUGUAUCACUGUGUUAGAAGUCUGGCCAUCAAAGAGCCUUUUCCAGAUGCGUGGGACAACCUAAUGUUGCUCUUUGAAAAGAACAAGUCUUCUCCAGUUCAUUCACUUUCCAGUGAGAUACAAUAUGAUAUUUCCAGACCAUCAGAGAGAUGUUUCCUCAGGACUAAGUCACAAGAAUCUAGUGUUUCCUCAAACAAGAAGUUGGAAGUUACUGAACUUGCUUCAUCCGGAAUUAAUGAUUUAUGGCCUCUCUUUGUCAGAAUGAUAAGUUUCUUUUUUGUCAAAUCAAGGCUAGAGGACUUUCAUUGUGCUUUUUCUUCAACCUUAAGAAAAUUGGAAGCUGUGCUGGCUUUAAAAGAAACAGAACUGAAAGUCUCAUUGGAGUCCUAUGGACGUCUGGAUGCAGCAAGAAGCGGCCCUUAUCGAGCCAUUCAACUUGUUUCUAUUCUUAUCAUAAUCAUCCAUAAUCUUCCUGAAAUAACGAAGGUGAACACAUCAGUAGAUAAAAAUGAGACAGAGCAGUCUGCUUUCAGCAAAUUAGCGUGGACUACCACAUUCAUUUUCAUGGGCCGUGUGAUAGAGAGAUGUCUCGAGGAUAUGAACGGGGACUCUUGUCCUCUGUUAUUCACUGUGCUUGUUUUCGUUGAGUGGCUGGUAGGAGUUCUUGACAAAGCAGAAUUGUACAGUGCUCAUGAAAAUGUUAAGAAUGCUGCAGCAUACUUUUUUGGUGUAUUCUGUAGCCUUCUAAACCAUCUUGAUAAUAAAGAAGGUGAGGUCAAGUUCCUAGACCGUAAUGCAUUUUGGGAAGAUUAUGAGUUGAGGGGUUUUUCACCAGUAGCCCAUGCUCAUAUGCAAUUGGAUUUCUCAACUCAGGGGGAACAAAUUAGGAAUUAUGACAAUGGAUACACAAGUCGUGCUCAUCGCAUUCUUCAUGCUGCAAUGAGAAUUGUGGAGGUAUCUAAAACUACACGGAAGUGGCUAUCUUAUGAUAAAGUUGGAAGAAAAUUUAAUGCAGCGGAAAUGAUUCAAAGUUUUGAUCGUAGAGAAGCAGAAGAAAUGAAGGUUAGUCAUGCUAAGGAAUUGAAACAUGAUGAGCUAUAUGAAAAAGAAAUUUCUGAGGAAAAUCAAGAUAAGCCUAGUGUAAAGAACGAAAAUGCUUCUGUGGACGAUGAAGAAGUAAUUCUUUUCAAUCCUAUAACCAGACAUAACUCAGAACCGAUACACAGUUUGCUUAUGUCAAAAGGUCAGAUGUCAUUACAUGAAAAAGAUGAUCAGACAGCUUCUUCUGACGAAGUUUUGCGCCGUGCUACAUCCUUGCUUCUUCCACAAAACCAAGGUCAGCUUGAGUCUCCCAAACUAUAUUCUGGUACCACAGAUUUCAGAUUCAGCAAGCCAUAUAGCCAACCAGAACAAACUGUAAUAGAUUCAUCUGCAUAUCCUGCUGGGCCUCCUUCGCUGAGUGGCUGGGUGUUCAACAGAGAAAGUAUGCAUGCUGAUAGUGAUAAAGGGCCAAAGGCAUUUCAUAGACAUGACUUAGAUCCGAUUGCAGAAAUGCCUUCUGCAUCGCUUGGUGGCCUAUCUGUGAAUGAGAAAGAAUUUUCUCCAACUACUUAUAACCCUUCUCCUCUGUAUGUGGCUCCAUUGCCUUCAGCACCACAAUUACCUGCUGAUGCAAAUUGGUUGAAGGGCCAUUCAUCAAAUUUUCAGGAGUCUAAAACUGGAGCUAAAAUCAGAGAAGCCGAAGGAAUAUUAGGUCCAACACCGACCACUAGGUACCCAAACCUGUCUCCUACUCAUGGACCAUUUAGCCCACGGCUUGCAAAUUUUAUUGAUGGCUAUCCACCACUUCUUGGAAUGAGCUCAUCCGAAUGGCUCUAUCAGUACAGGAACAGUCAUAUUGUUGAACAAGCUAAUGAUCGCAUAUGGCCAGUUCAAGUAAAUGCACCAGGAGACUUUGGAAACUUCUACAGUCAUGAUGCUUCCAGGUUUGAUUUCUUCGACAGGUGGGGCAAUCCUCUGCCUUCCAGUCCAAUGGUUUAUUUGGAUAACCCGCAUUUGAACACAAAUUUGCCUCUCUACGGAGUAGAGGAACAAAGAAGGGAGAAGCUGUUUCAUGGUUACCAAAGACCGAUCUCCUAUGGAUGUGUUACCGCGACAGACUUGGGAGCAGAGAAGCCACCACUUCUACAGUAUCUACAAGAAAGAGAAUGGCAACUACAACGAGAGAAUAAACUGCGAGGUCCUCCCUACAUGGGGAACUAAGUUAAGGUACAUGAAGACUUUAAGACUGACUUCAAUUCUAAGUCUAAAUGUUUGUUUGUACCUGGGUAAAUGAAGGUCCUGCAGGUUUUCAAGUGACAUUCUGGUUGAACUUAUAUUUGAAGAAGUGUGUAUUUCUUGUUUUUGUCCAAAAGCUACAAUGUUCUUGUGCCGAUCAGAUGGUUAUCAAAUAGAUGAAAAAAAUAUGUAAUAUUUCUUUCAGAACUUAGUGAUGUAGAUUGAGGGAUAGUAGUAAAGGUUUAACGAUGUUCAUGCAGAUUGUGACUUGCCUGAAUUUGUAAAUAUUUUUUUUUUUUAUGUUCAAAUUUAACCGUUUGUGAGUGUCAAAACAUUUACCAUAUAAAGACUAAUAGGCUGGAAUAUUUUGUUGUAUUUA